UAUGUUUAUUUUCAUUAUACAAAAGUACAAUAUGUGUAACAAAAUAUUUUAAGAAUUGUUUCUUACUAAUUAUAGAACUGUUGAUUUCCAUUCAUUUUAUGUAAUUUCUAUAUAUUGAUAUUUGUAUCUCAUCAAGUAUGCUGAAAUAAAAUGUUACCAAAUGUAUUCUAUCUAUUCGCUCUGUUCAUGAGGUGUGUGAAAAAUUUAAAAAUGGCAAAAAUUGAAUAAAAAAUAUAGCAGACCACAAACCUCGCAGUCAAUUCAUGCUAAUUUGGAUGUCGUUUACAGAUUUCUAUUUUUUGUAAGAGUUAACCGCGUGGUGCAGCACCAUACUGGGCACACAAGCAUAACUCCGUACGUGAAUGUAUAGCAUAUACAUAUAGACAGUACUAGUUGUUAACGAAAUACAUUUUUAGUAUGAUAGUAUUAAUAAAUCUGUAUAAUUCCAGAUAAUGAUAGAAUAAAUUGCAAUUCAGGACUAAAUUUUAUUAAUAAAUACAUUUCUAAUGUUUAUAAAGAGACAUUGAACCAUAAACAUAAUGAGGUGACCAACCUAUAUUACUUAUAAGCACGACUAUAUACCUAUAUAGUGCUAAUACGAACAGUAGACAUAAUUAAAAACAACAGCGGUGGAAUUAAUAUUACCAGUGAAAAUAACAAUAAUUAUAGAAAUUAAAUGUUUUGUAAAGGUAUAGAAACGUUCUAAACGUGAUAUUUUGAAAACCAUGCAAAAGUAUCAAUGUUUGAAUUUAAAUCACGAAACGUUCAGUAGACUAUUCACUAAUUAUUAAUAUCAGUCAAAGAUACAAUAUUAAAUGGUAAACUUGUAUUCAUCAAUGAAAAUCUUGGCAUGACUAUUCAAUAUAGUAUGCCACCUUUUGGAAAUGGAAUGCAAGAAAAUUGCUGUUAUACCAAGAGGGAUUGUAUUAAAUAAAGAAACAGGUCAUUGUCAUUGUUACUAUAAUUUUUCUAAUAAGGGUAAAUGGCCAUGGCUGAGAACUUGGAAAGUGAAAAAUAUCCUUUACAUAAAUGCAUAUUUCAAGGAGAUGUUAAAGCCUUAAGUUCUUUAAUUAGAACCUACGAUAUUGCAGAAAAAGAUAAACAAGGAAAUACACCGUUACAUCUAGCUGUUAUGUUAGGGAGAAAAGAAUCAGUCCAAUUGUUACUUGCACAUGGUGCACCAGUAAAGGUAAAGAAUUUGGCUGGCUGGAGUCCGCUUGCAGAGGCAAUUAGUUAUGGAGAUAGACAAACUAUAUCAUCAUUGGUACGAAAAUUAAAGCAACAAGCAAGAGAACAAAUGGAAGAAAGAAGACCAAAUUUAGUUGCUACAUUACGUCAAAUGGUACCAUUAGUUUCUCGAGUACUUCCUUCUGAUGUUUGUAAAAUACACAAGAGUGGAGCAUCCAUUAGAAUGGAUACUACCCUGGUAGACUUCAAUGAUAUGAGGUGGGAAAGAGGAGACAUAUCGUUUAUUUUUAAUGGCGAUCAAAAACCAAGCAAAUCGUUAACAGUACUCGACAACAAAGCUAAACUUUUUCAAAGAGUGAGAUACGAGGAAACAGAAUUAGAAAUAGAAGACGAAGUAGAUAUUCUUAUGUCAAGUGAUAUCAUGGCAGCGCAAAUGUCGACAAAAGGUAUUACAUUUUCAAGAGCACAAACAGGUUGGAUAUUUCGUGAAGACAAAAGGGAGAUGGUAGGACCUUUUCAUGCCGAUUUUUAUCAAAUCAAUGGAAUGGUUUUGGAAAGUAGGAAGCGACGAGAACAUUUAAGUGAGGAAGAUUUACAAAAGAAUAAGGCUAUUAUGGAAUCAUUAACAAAAGGAAGUUCGCAAGGAUUUGCAAAUGGGAAGCCGCCUGUUAGAAGAGCUUCUUUAAAUCCGCCACCGGAAUCGAAUAUUACUUGGGAAGAAUAUAUUAUGGCUCCACCUGGUCAAUGUCCACUACUUGGAAGAAAUCUUGUUUAUAAAGAAAGCAGUAAAUCGUUUAAAGCAACAGUUGCUAUGAGUCCAGAUUUUCCAUUGACUGUUGAUAUGCUACUGAAUGUUUUGGAAGUAAUAGCGCCGUUUAAACAUUUCAGCAAAUUAAGAGAAUUUGUGCUUAUGAAAUUACCACCUGGAUUUCCUGUAAAAAUUGAUAUACCUAUUUUACCGACGGUAACGGCAAAAAUCACUUUCCAAGAAUUUGCUUUUCGCAAUGAUAUAGAUCCACAUUUAUUUCAAGUACCGUCAGAUUAUUUCGAAGAUCCUAUGAGAUUUCCUGAUUUAUGACGAUUCCGCGUUCGACAGAAAAUUCACGUCAAUUGUCAAAGUAAAAAAAAACUCGUUCUUAUUCAAAAUAGUAUUUGGCUUAUCGAAUUAUGCUGCUGUCAAAAGUCCUUUCAAAAGAUCACAAAAUAUUCUUGGAAUAAAAUUACUCCGAUUCUAAACAUAAAUGGGAAGAAAUAUUGUUUAUGAAAGUACACGAUAAAUUGGAAGAGUGGCAUCAUUUAUUUACACAGUUGUAUUCUAAAUCCUGAAGAAGAAAAUAAUGUAAUAAAUCUAUGCACCUUAA